GUCAAGGACGUGCGCGCUCCCAUCGACAAGUGAGCGCGAGCUUCACGCGCGUGCCCUCGUGAAGGCGACUGCGGUAGCAAACGGAAAAAAAACAAGCAGGCAGAGCCGAGGAGGCAGGACGGACACAGUUUACCUCCACAUCACAAGAUCGGAGUUUGGAGCGGAAACUUCACGCCCUGUCGGGUCGUGUUACCGGUAGAGACGUCUGAGGACAUCCACGGGUAGAAAUAAAAGGAUGCAGUGUAGACUUGGGUGGUGACUGGUCUGCAGGCUCUUCAUAUCUCUUGUCCCUGGAGUUACCCAGCUGGGGGGAGACGGAUUCCAGCAUUCUUCCUUUUAGUGUUUGUUAGAAGAAAACCAACCAGCUGCUACUGGAGUACGCGGCUCAUCCUCAUUACCUGGCUCAGUGUAGCUCUUCUCCUGACUGAGGAGAGCUCAGAAACUGCACAAGGUUCACUUUUAACCUGCUGAUCCCUCCUGGCCCUGCCUACACCUCCCCCAUCGCCAUGGUGCUGUCACAACGGCAAAGAGAUGAACUAAAUCGAGCAAUAGCCGAUUAUCUACGAUCGAAUGGAUAUGAAGAGGCAUAUUCCACUUUCAAGAAGGAGGCGGAGUUAGAUAAUAACGAAGAACUGGAUAAGAAAUAUGCCGGUCUGUUGGAAAAAAAAUGGACCUCAGUCAUCAGAUUACAGAAGAAGGUGAUGGAGCUUGAAUCUAAACUAAAUGAAGCUAAAGAGGAAAUCACCCUGGGGGGGCCGGUAAGUCAAAAGCGUGACCCCAAAGAGUGGAUCCCACGCCCACCAGAGAGGUACGCGCUGAGUGGCCACCGCAGCCCGGUGACCCGGGUCAUCUUCCACCCAGUCUUCAGCGUCAUGGUGUCAGCUUCUGAGGAUGCAACGAUAAAGGUGUGGGAUUAUGAGACCGGGGACUUUGAGCGCACACUGAAAGGCCACACGGAUUCGGUUCAGGACAUCUCGUUUGACCAAACUGGCAAACUGCUAGCAUCCUGCUCUGCAGACAUGACGAUCAAACUGUGGGACUUCCAAGGCUUUGAGUGCAUCAGGACCAUGCAUGGACAUGAUCACAACGUUUCGUCUGUAGCCAUCAUGCCCAGCGGAGAUCACAUUGUUUCAGCUUCAAGGGACAAAACUAUAAAAAUGUGGGAAGUGGCAACUGGCUACUGUGUAAAGACCUUUACAGGUCACAGGGAGUGGGUCCGCAUGGUGCGACCCAACCAGGACGGCACACUGAUCGCCAGCUGCUCCAACGACCAGACAGUCCGCGUUUGGGUCGUGGCUAACAAAGAGUGCAAGGCUGAGCUGCGGGAGCAUGAACACGUGGUGGAGUGCAUCACCUGGGCUCCUGAAAGUGCCCAUCCCACCAUUCUAGACGCCACAGGUUCUGAGACCAAGAAGAGUGGCAAGCCCGGCCCCUUCCUGCUGUCUGGGUCAAGAGACAAAACAAUCAAGAUGUGGGAUGUUAGCAUUGGCCAGUGCCUUAUGACACUGGUUGGACAUGAUAACUGGGUGCGUGGUGUCCUCUUCCACCCUGGAGGCAAGUUUAUUGUGACCUGUGCUGAUGACAAGACCUUAAGGAUCUGGGACUACAAGAACAAGCGCUGCAUGAAGACUCUGUGUGCCCACGAACACUUUGUUACCUCUCUGGAUUUCCACAAGGCUGCUCCCUUCGUGGUCACUGGGAGCGUAGAUCAAACAGUAAAAGUAUGGGAGUGUCGCUGAUUUGGACCUCGGCGGAUUGGACCAACACCCUGAUUUCACCCAGGCGCUCUUCUGGAACCCCCACCCCACCCCACCCCUUUUAUUUUCUGCUUACCCGUCAGUCACCUGACCAUACCAUACCCUCCCCUCUGCACAUCUCCUCCUCCAGCUGCACCCGUCACCAUCAUUUACCCUCGGCGCUCUCUGGUCCAAUAAAUUUUGUCCUUCUCUGUAAAUUAUUCCUGGAUGUAGAUCGAGCUAUUAAAUGUUACACGACAAAAAAAGUAUUCUUGCAUGGUAAUCCAAAAUUGUAUACUGUAAAUUUACAUAACGUUUGUCUAGACGUACCAUAGGUUUAACACGAGGCGGGGGCUUCCGUCACGCCGCCUCACCGACCAAUCGAAGGCAGAUGUCUGUCUAGGUAUGAGACGUAGGGCACUAAAAAACUGAUAAUUUAAGAAAUGACAGUGUCUUUAAGUGUAAGAUUUAUUUUUGUUAAUUUUUUAUGUUUUCUCCUGCUGUUAUUCAUCUCCUGCACUGUCGUAGUCUAUCGGUGCCUAGCUCGGUGACACGUUUGAAACAAAAAGGACAGAAAUGCAUAAAAGAGAUGUUUGUGGGGCGUUGUCAACUCAAUCUGUAGCUUUAUAACAUCACUUAUCAAGUGUGCGUACCACUUCUCCAUGUGGAACUAGGUAAUAUUUUAAUGGCUGUAUAUACGAAUGUUUCAUACUGUCGUUCUUGGAUCUGGGGGGCUCGAAUAGCUUUGUACUCUUCUCAUGGUGGCACAUAAUCCACUGCAGAGCUUUAGACUAAUUGUCUUGUUUAAAAGUAAGUGGCUUUGUGAAGCCGGUUAGCUUCUCUAUACAUGAGCAGCUUGGUGCAGGGCAGGAAAUAUGCGAGACGAUGAUCGGAAGUCACGCUGCCACUAAGAAAUAUAAACAAACUUUAUUUGAAAAUGCUCUCAGUGAUGGACACAUAAGGAAACAAAGUGAGCCCCCUUCUGGGUUUGAUAUCUGGGAUGUGCAAAGAUCUUUCAUUGAUGAGUUUGUUCUGAGAAAAGUCCUUUUUUUUUUUCUUUAUUAAAUAGGAAAUGUAAAUUUAGUCUGUUCUAAUAAGAUUGGGCUGUUUUUGUACAACGGCACUACUGGGUGCGGUGGAUGAGUUUUUGUUGGGAAUCGUCAGCUGCACCAUGCCGGAGGUUCUGUUGGGUCGAUACGUUUCCUCGCUGUUAACGACUGGACCAGAAGUGAAGGACCUCUGUGGAUAAAUCCCACUUACACGCACGUCUUCUGCGUGGUGUUGCUCAAGCAUUCAGCCUUCAGUCUUUGUCAAGCUGGAACUGUAAAAACGGAAACCACCUUUCCACUUUACCUUGUAGAAGAAAGAAAGGAAACAUCUUGCUCUGAAUUGUGGCAGACAAGGUGAUUCUUUAAUCUUGCACAUCCCUGUUUUCACUGAAUCUUUGCUUGCUGAUUGGUUGAUCAGAGAUAACAAAACAAGCAUAAACCUACUUUUUUCAUUCCAGUGCAGUUCUCAGCUAAUAACCAAUUCCACUGCUUCUCAUCUUUGGCAAGUUUUCCUCUUUGUCUGUGUUCUGGAUGUGGUGAUCUGCUGCUCGAGCUCUUACUAGUGGCUACUGUGAGCCUUAUGUGACCUGUUUAUGUAGCACUGCUGCAUGCAAACCUGCAUCCAGAGGCAGAGCUGUCAGAACGGAUCCCCAUAAAUGCACAAAGCCCCCUACGUCAGACUGAUUGGUUUGAUUAAAGUGAGUGUUCUUACUGUGGUUUGGGGAGCGUUAUAUUGCCUUUUUGCUGAAAGCUGGAUAAGGUCAUUAUUGAUCUCCUACAGUCAAAAAGGAAAGGUAGUAAUCCAAAAUCAUUCCUUUAAAGCAGCUGGCCGGCUUACGUUCAGACCUUCAGACAGCUGUUUAGUUUGUAGGCAGGCUGGUUUGUUGUGUUAGAUGCUAACUGAGGGAGGUUUUGCAGCCUCUUGUAAAUGAAGUGGGAUUGUGGCAGACUAAAGGCGAAAUCUUCUCUUUCAGCAAAUUCUCCUGAUGUCUCCUUUUGAUGUGUGCCCCUUUUCAAAGGUUGUAUUUUAUUUUCUAAAAGCCGUUCUAACUGUCCAAAAUGUCUGGGGCAAAGGCUUCAGGUGACGAGAAAAGUGGUUACAUUUGUAAUUAAAUUUGGCACAGUUAAUGAAGAGGCCAAUGUGUUACGUGUUCUAGAUGAAGCCAAAAAUGGAGACAUUUGUCUGUACAAUCUGGUCAAUCUUGAGACAUCAACACAGUGACCAAUCUUUAGAAAGAAAAGUCCACUCAGGGUCACGCUACGACAUGCCAGACCACUACAUAGAAAAUUAAACACCAUUCCCUCAAUGAAGGAGGUCUGGCUGCUGUGUGUUCCUUUUUAUUUUGUAGUAAUCCGUAAAAAGAAGAAAAAAAUGGAAACUUCUAAAAACAGCAGUUUAAAUGCAAAUGCUGAAGAAAAUCCAGUUUUGGACAUUUGCAGGUCCCAAGCAAUCCCGUGCUGCCGUGGGCCGGUGUGUGAAGGGACCAACGUGUCUGUGGGUCGUUUCCCAUCAGCCUCUGUAAGCUGUCUGUCAACCACAUCCCAGGACUGCAGACUGCACAACUGGCCCUAACAUGAGAGCUCAUGAUGUUUUUACCACUCUUCACUCAGCAAACUGUUAACAAUAUACUGGAUGUCAUUAUUGUUUGCAAUAUAAUAAAAGAAGAAAAGCUG